CAGCUCUGCUUGAAUUCAAUCUAUCCAUUUUAAUUUUCCUUUAAUUAUGUUUUAUUACCGAACACUAUAGCCUAAUUAUGGGACCGUAUGUCUCCAAAUCUCACGUACGAACAACAAUUUCUAUGUCCUAACUCAAAGGUUUGAAAGGUCUUUAUUCUUCUCCUUCCUUCUUUCUCUUCUUCUUCUUCACUUACGUUACGUCCUCAACGCGUUCUCAUACUCCUGUCUCUAUCUCUUUAUCUUCCUCAACUACUUCUUUCUUUUCCCAUUCACCGUUUCCCAAUUUUCUUUCUCUUUCUCUUUUCCACCUUUUUCAUUGAUGAUCACAAAAUGAAGUGUUUCUUCUUCAAAGAGAAAUCCAAAUCCGCUCCUGAACUGCAAAACCAAACCAAAAAGAAGACGAACCGCGCAACAAACUCUACCGGCUCUGUGUCUUCGUCAAAGAGUGUGAAGGAUUUGUACAAAGAGAAAGAACAUAGUUUUAGAGUUUUCACUCUUCAAGAACUUAGAGAAGCCACCAAUGGUUUUAACAGGAUGCAGAAAAUUGGUGAAGGGGGUUUUGGAAGUGUUUAUAAAGGAUCGAUUUUGCCUCCAAAUCGACAAGGUGAUCCAAUUCAAGUUGCCAUCAAAAGGCUUAACACGCGUGGAUUUCAGGGUCAUAAAGAAUGGCUUGCAGAAGUUCAAUUUCUCAGCAUUGUUAAUCACCCAAAUUUGGUUAAGCUUUUGGGAUAUUGCUCUGUAGAUGGCGAAAGAGGAAUCCAACGGCUGUUGGUGUACGAGUACAUGCCAAACCGGAGUUUGGAAAACCACCUUUUCAGUAAAACCUUACCGGUUCUUCCAUGGAAAACUAGAUUAGAGAUUAUGCUUGGUGCUGCUCAAGGAUUGGCUUAUCUACAUGAAGGAUUGGAGAUACAGGUGAUCUACCGAGAUUUCAAAUCUUCGAACGUUCUAUUGGACGAGGAUUUUGACCCGAAGCUCUCAGAUUUUGGUCUUGCAAGGGAAGGGCCACAAGGGGAUCAAACUCAUGUAUCUACUGCGGUAGUCGGGACUCAAGGAUAUGCUGCGCCCGAGUAUAUCGAAACAGGUCAUCUCAAAGUCCAGAGCGACAUGUGGAGUUUCGGAGUCGUACUCUACGAGAUCCUCACGGGAAGAAGAUCAUUGGAAAGGAACCGUCCGACAGCUGAACAAAAGCUAUUAGAUUGGGUAAAACAAUAUCCUGCAGACAGUAACAGAUUCAACAUGAUAAUGGACCCGCGUCUUAGGAACCAAUAUCCGAAUGCCGCAGCGCGUAAAAUAGCGAAGUUGGCCGAUAGUUGCUUGAAGAAGAAUCCAGAAGACAGACCUUCCAUGAGUCAGAUAGUGGAAGGGUUAAAACAAGCAUUGCAAUAUUCAGAAAUGUCAAAUGCUCCUCAUGAUAAUGGUGAGUCUUCUCGGUCAAAAUUGGUUCGAAAAGGUCAAUAGAACUUCAUAUUUUUUAAUUUUUUUUAGGACCAGAGAACUUGUCAGUUAAAUAUGAGUUGAAUUGGAAGCAUUCUGGUCAAUCUUGGAAGUGAGGGUGAUUUUACUUUUAUUCGGUUUGAGCUUUCUUGUAUGUUUGGCCUAGCUCAACAAAAUUAUGCUGUUAUUUAUACUUUGUCAACCAGUGACUAUUAAUUUUUUGAAGUAGAGCUUAAUUUUAAAUUUAAA